AUGUCCGGGGUGCGCGCUGUGCGGAUCAGCAUCGAGUCGGCCUGCGAGAAGCAGGUCCAGGAGGUGGGCCUGGAUGGCACGGAGACCUACCUGCAGCCGCUGUCCAUGUCCCAGAACCUGGCGCGUCUGGCGCAGCGGAUCGACUUCAGCCAGGGCUCGGGCUCCGAGGAGGAGGAGGCCGGGGGCGCCGAGGGCGAUGCGCAGGACUGGGCGGGCGCCGGGGCCAGCGCGGACCAGGACGACGAGGAAGGGUUGGUAAAAUUUCAGCCUUCCCUUUGGCCUUGGGACUCAGUGAGGAACAAUUUGAGAGGUGCCCUGACAGAGAUGUGCGUUCUCUAUGAUGUUCUCAGUAUCGUGAGGGAUAAAAAAUUUAUGACUCUAGAUCCUGUUUCUCAGGACGGACUUCCUCCAAAGCAGAAUCCUCAGACGUUACAGUUGAUAUCUAAAAAGAAGUCACUUGCUGGAGCAGCACAAAUCCUAUUGAAGGGUGCAGAAAGACUGACUAAAUCAGUUACCGAAAAUCAAGAAAAUAAGCUACAAAGAGACUUCAACUCUGAGCUUCUGAGAUUAAGACAACACUGGAAACUGAGAAAAGUUGGAGAUAAAAUUCUUGGAGAUCUCAGCUACAGAAGUGCAGGAUCUCUCUUUCCCCAUCAUGGUACAUUUGAGGUAAUAAAGAAUACAGAUAUUGACCUAGAUAAGAAGAUACCUGAAGAUUACUGUCCUCUGGAUGUUCAAAUUCCUAGUGAUUUAGAGGGAUCUGCAUAUAUCAAGGUUUCUAUUCAAAAACAGGCUCCAGACAUAGGUGAUCUGGGCACGGUUAACCUCUUCAAACGGCCUUUGCCCAAAUCCAAACCAGGUUCCCCACAUUGGCAGACAAAAUUAGAAGCAGCACAAAAUGUUCUCUUGUGUAAAGAAAUUUUUGCACAGCUCUCUCGGGAAGCUGUUCAAAUUAAAUCACAGAUCCCUCACAUUGUGGUGAAAAACCAGAUCAUCUCUCAGCCCUUUCCAAGCUUGCAGUUAUCUAUUUCUUUGUGCCAUUCCUCAAAUGACAAGAAAUCCCAAAAAUUUGCUACAGAGAAGCAAAGUCCGGAGGACCACCUUUAUGUCCUAGAGCAUAAUUUGCAUCUACUGAUUAGAGAGUUUCAUAAACAGACCUUGAGUUCCGUCAUGAUGCCUCAUCCAGCAAGUGCACCUUUCGGCCACAAGAGAAUGAGACUUUCUGGUCCUCAAGCUUUUGAUAAAAAUGAAAUCAAUUCACUACAGUCCAGUGAAGGGCUUCUGGAAAAAAUAAUUAAACAAGCAAAGCAUAUUUUUCUGAGGAGUAGGACUGCUGCAACCAUUGAUAGCUUAGCAAGUCGCAUUGAGGACCCUCAGAUACAGGCUCACUGGUCAAAUAUUAAUGAUGUUUAUGAAUCUAGUGUGAAAGUCUUAAUCACGUCACAAGGUUAUGAACAAAUAUGCAAGUCCAUUCAGCUGCAGUUGAACAUUGGGGUUGAGCAGAUCCGCGUGGUACACAGAGAUGGGAGAGUAAUCACGCUGUCGCACCAGGAGCAGGAGCUGCAGGACUUCCUUCUGUCUCAGAUGUCGCAGCAUCAGGUGCAUGCAGUUCAGCAGCUAGCCAAGGUCAUGGGCUGGCAAGUUCUGAGUUUCAGUAAUCAUGUGGGGCUUGGGCCCAUAGAGAGCAUUGGCAAUGCCUCCGCUAUAACAGUGGCCUCCCCGAGUGGUGACUAUGCUAUUUCAGUGCGCAACGGCCCUGAAAGUGGCAGCAAGAUUAUGGUUCAGUUUCCACGUAACCAGUGUAAAGACCUCCCAAAAAGUGAUGUUCUACAAGAUAGCAAAUGGAAUCAUCUGCGUGGCCCAUUCAAAGAAGUUCAGUGGAAUAAAAUGGAGGGUCGAAACUUUGUGUAUAAGAUGGAGCUGCUUAUGUCUGCUCUGAGCCCUUGUCUACUAUAAUUUUCUUCCAGAAGUUUCCAGAAUUUUUUCCCAGGGAAGUUUCCAGAAACUUUGACAUGAGGUAUUUGCAGAUCAAAUACAAGCAAAAGGAAGAGAAAUCUUCCAAAGAAGUACUGUUUUUAAAAAAUGGUAAUUGGCAAAUGUUUACUUAGCACUUUGGAACCUUCACUUUAUAAGUGACAAAUGCUUUGUGGAAAUUUAUGUACAGUUAGUUAUAGGGUAUACAGUAUGGGGAAAUGUAAAAUAAUACUAUUUUUAUUCAGUUAACUUGAAAUAUUACUAACUUAUGGGUUUGAAUUUGCUUUUUAAAACAUUCCUUUGAUGUUGACACCAAAUAAAACAUAUGGUUAAAAAUUCCA